AUGUCUUUCGUUAAUUCGCUUGCGCGGUACACUCUUUUUCUCUCUCUUUUCACACUUAUUACCUGUUUUCAACCCGUUCCUAACAAUUCUGUCGGUGACUAUAAUGAUCAAUGUGCAGACGCACUCACUACCAAUUUAACUUCCUACAUCGUGGCUGUGCAUAGUCUUAGUUCUAACAAUUUUUACUCGAAGCAUGGUCUUGACAAGAUUUACACCAGCGACUGUCGCGACGAGCUGCUAGAGUAUAGAAAAGCUACCUGCUUGAAGAACCAAGGCAAUUACUACAACAUCGUUCUAGGUAACCUCACUAAGAAUAGUAGAGACGACUACAACAAGUGCCUUUUGCUAAAGCUUCGCAAUAAGGCCCGGUAUCCUUACAGCAGCGGACCUAAUAUGUACUCGAGCGCGUACCCUAGUUAUACCUCUUCUUACGGAUUCACAGGGUACCUAGUGACUGCCAAGCCGACGGUGUCUCCUAAUUCGACAGUAUCGAGCACACUCACUUUAUCCGUAGCAGCUACCCCAACGGCCAGUACCUACAGCGGCAAGAAGUACACCAUCAAGGACGGAGACACCUGCGAGUCGGUCUCCAAGUCGCAGAGCGUCGCCACCUACCAACUCCUCAUAGACAACCAACUCCAAGCCUACUGCGCUAACUUCCCUAAAUCUGGUAACCUCUGUAUUAAGAACCAUUGCACUACUUAUAUAGUCCAGAAGGGAGACACCUAUAAGAGUGUUGCGAAGGAACACAAUAUCACGAGAAUCGACGGCGGUUGCUAUAACUUCAACCGCACUAUCGGCACAGAAAUCUGUAUAGAUAAGCCUAGGGAGAAAUACCACGCUCUAUCCUCUGUUAUUUCUGCCACAGGCUUGCCCACGGCUUCCACUAAGAACUGUGGCGAGUAUUACACGCCUAAGAGCAAUAAGACCUAUGACACAAUCGUCCAGAAUUUCCCUAUCAGCCGUGUCAAUUUCCUUAUCUUAAACCCCGGCCUAAACCAGAACUGCACAAACUUCAUAGCUAGCCGCAGCUACUGCGUCAAGCCCGUCAAGGACAUAGACAAUUACCCCGGUGCCCUAGGCUACAUGCCUUCUGGUGAUCUCCCUAACGCAACCUACACGCCCGUAAAUAACCCUAACCCGCUCCCUAUCGCCCCAGGCACGUUGAAGGAUUACGGAAGCCUCAUCGAUGGUCACGAUCUUCAAUACAACUACACGGGCGUCAGUAACUACCAAGCGGCCGGUACCUUCUGGAAAAUCUCGCAAGCAGACUUGCUCAGGUGGAAUCCGUCGCUGAAGAAGCUGAAAUCGAAUUCUACCAGUUGCGAUUUCAGCAAGAAAUACAGGUAUUGUAUGGACGGACCUGGGGCGAGUGCAUCGUCUUCGGGGGCUGUGCCUAGUACGCCGGCGCCUUCGACGCCGCUUACGACUUCGACCUCUUCGUCGACAUCUAGCCCAGCCCCCACGAGCACAUCGACCUCUCGGACCUCAACCACUGAUAAAGACACAAGCACUAGUAGCAAGCCUACCAGUACGACCGCAACUCCCACAUCGACAAACGGAGCCGUCCCGUCCCCCACCCAGUCGAAUAGCAUUGCGGACAACUGCAGUGACUAUGCCAAGGCCAAGGAUGGCGAUAACUGCAUUGACUUCGCUAAGGAUCACGACAUUACUCCCAAGCAGUUGUACCAGUGGAACACAGUUUUGGGUGAUGGUGGCAAGGAGUGUGGGACUAUGUUCCAGAAAGAUACAUACUACUGUGUUGGUGUGAGUGAAUAG